AUGUCGUCUGCUACCCCAAACCAAGGCCGCCAAUCCCCUCCCCCUGAGCGACAGACUGGUCGACAAUUAAACGAGGUGCCCGCUUCCGGACAAGGCACAGAUGAAACACCUAAUAAGAGGGCCAACCUACAAGACCAUUUGAACAACCUACCUUCAAACCCCAAGGGACCCCUUGACGACGCAGCCGAGAGUAAAGUUAGCAAGGGAACAAAAUCUUCAUCAUAA